AUGACCUACCGUCGAGAUUCAACCUUCUACUGUCCGUACGGACAAUUGGUACAGCGAGAUAAUGGAACAGAUUUGCCGGAGAUCCUGAAACUGCGCUUGUUGCGACGGCCGAAACUAGUUUCUUGGGUAGUCAGCAAAUGCAAUACCCAUUCCGGCCGCGAGAGGUAUGUCAAAGAGUUGAGCAAGUACUUGCAGAUAGACAUAUACGGAAAAUGUGGUCGUCUGAUCUUGAAGCGGUCAAGAAGCUGGGAAAUCAGAUAUCUUGGUGCCAAGUACAAAUUUCGGAUCACGUUCGAAAACAGCGUCUGCGAAGAUUACUUUACCGAGCGGUUUUUUGACUCUUUAUUAAGCUAUACUGUUCCAAUCGUUCUUAGACGAACCGAUUAUGAGAAAAUAGCACCGGGGUCGAGCUUCAUUGCGAUCGACGACUUCCGAAACGUCCGGCAGCUCGCCGAGUAUAUCAGAUAUCUCGAUCUACACGACGAAGAGUAUCUGCGUUAUUUCGAAUGGCAGAAAACGAAGGCAGUUGAAAUGCGGAAUAUCUGUUUUUGUGACCUUUGCGCGGCGCUGCAUGAAAAGAAAAAAAUCGUUGAAACCGGAAGCGAGCUGCAACACUUUCAUGCCUGGUGGCACAUUGGAAAUAAGUGUAUCCCAAAAUUUGUUUCUUCUUACAUGUAG